AUGCUUUCUACGACAUCGCUCUUGGAAGACGACAGCGAAUAUGGACCACUUUGCAGUGGAUGUAAUAAAGAUAUCGAAGAAGGCUCUGUGAUCGCCUUUGGUGACGCGCUCUUCCAUCUCCACUGCUUUGUCUGUGCCAAAUGUCGUCGACCAGCAGACUGCGAAUCAAACCUUCUUCUACUUACCGAUGGCAGACCGGUAUGCGAGAAUUGUUCUUACACUUGUGCUAUGUGCAAACAAGUGAUUAGAGACGAGGCAAUCAUGACAGGAGAUGAAGCCUAUCAUGCAAGUUGCUUCCGCUGCGUAUCAUGCAAACAGAAGAUUGAGGAUCUUGUCUUUACACAAACAACCAAGGGAAUCUAUUGCACACCGUGCCACGAAAAACGGAGAUCAGAAAAACAAAAGCGUCGUGAAGAACGUGAACGUCGUAAACAACAGCAACACAAUAUAGCUUAUGCCUCAAAAAGCUUACCAUCGCUCCCAUCAGGAUUACAGAUAUCAGAUGAGCAUCAACACCAACCCUUGCCAACAACAACGGGUCUUUCACCCACACCACGUCCUCAUGUGGAUCGUCCUUACAUGAACAAUCGCCAUGCUAGUCGAUUGAUGGAUGCACAAAUGGUCACAAACUUUAUCCAAACCGAGGAAGCUGGCCGAAUGACCAAAAAUAAUACGACUGAUUCACCACCCACACCUACACGAUCACGAAGUACAUCCAUGGAUGAUCAACGACCUAUUACCAAUACUAUUGUACGCCCCAUGCCAUCUCGAUCUGAAACCAUCCCUGCACCAACAUCAGCACGUGCACGACAACAGCAAUUACUGUCACCGCCCAAUAGUGGCAAAAGAUUGUCAGCCAUACCGGAUCAGGAUGAUUCCACAUCCUCAUUGGACCUUGCAUUACCUGGUAUUCCAUCCCUCAAUUUUUCAUUCUUUGAAAACGAUUCAGCCGAGAUAUUGAACCUUUCAAAGGAUUUGGGUGCCAGCAUUGACCUUGAUAUCAAAAAGGAAAAGCAACAACAAAGGCAACAACAAGCCAAGGGUGGCAGUGUAAGCGAUCCUGUCAAUGAAAUGCUAUCUCUACUUGAUUUCCCUACGCCACCAGCAAUCUCUGAGAAGGAUCUUGGAUUCGUGCCCGAUAAUGUGUCACAACUCAAGGACGAGCUUAAAUUGUCCAAGCGUAAAUUAGCGGAUACUGAAGCUAAUUUCGACAAAAUUAAGCAAGCUAGCAAACGAGCAUUGGAUGAGUUUUCACGCACCAAAGAAGAGUACAACAAGGAGACAUCAUUGCGUGAACAACAUGAAGCCACCAUCUUGCAGCUACGACAACAAAUGGCAUUGCUUUUACAAGCACAAGAUCCCGAGAGUUUUGCCGCUCGUGCCAAAGAAGACAUGGAACGUCUAGCAAGGAUACGUGUUGAAUUAGAACGUACGUGCCAAGAACUAAAAGAGUACCGCCAAUUGCUAUCACAAGGCAUACACCAUGACGCCCUUGCCAUCCUUAAAGGCACCUUGACAGCUGAAGUGCGGUCAUUGACGGUGGAACGUGAUGCAUUAACGCAAGAGACACAACACCUCAGCAAAAAACGCGAUGAAGUGAUCAAUGAAAUGAUCAUGCUCAAUACCAAGAAUGCGGAGUUGACCAACAUGAACAAUGAUCUUUCAAGGCGUGUUACCGAGCGUGAACGUGAAGCAGCAGCUGUCAUGGCAGGCACCAGCUUUGUAAGGCGUGAUUCAAGUAGCGAUAGUGCCAACAGUGCUAUGGCCAUGUCACCCACAGGAACGACAACAGCUGCAGCAGCUGCAGCAGCUGCCGCCACCAAAUUUGUUACGCGUGAUAGCUUUAAUGGCACCCAAGCACCAAAGAUUUUCAAAAUCAAAAAGUCCAAUGUCUUUGGUAAAAAGUUCAAGAAGGAACAACAGCAACAACAAGCACCUUAUGGUAUGGUCAACAACCCAUCCAGCAUGUCCCUCAAGCAUGAGCAUACCAAAUCACCAUCAUCCUCAGGCCAUUCUUUUCAAACCAUUACGUCCUUCCUUCGGCCGGUCCGAUGUGAUGUAUGUGGUGACAAAGUAUGGGGAAGAUCCGAUUUAAGAUGUCAAGGAUGUGGCUAUGUUUGUCAUUCCAAAUGUUUGAGCCACGCACCUCAAUUGUGCUUUGAAGGUGGUAAUAGCAGUGGGGACUUGCAUGAAGAUUUGUUGUCGCCAGUCGAUUGUAGUAUGUUUGGCACCGACCUAUCAGAACAAGUAAUCAGAGAAGAUCGCACGGUGCCACAAAUUGUUGAACAAUGCAUCAAUGCUGUUGAGAUGCGUGGAUUGGAUUACGAAGGCAUUUAUCGUAAAUCUGGUGGAGCAGGGCAAAUGCGGAUGAUCCAGCAAGCAUUUGAGCAAGGUUUGCCCAUCGAUCUUGAUGAUGUUGAAGAAGUCAAUGAUAUUUGCGCAGUGACAAGCGUAUUAAAACACUACUUCCGACAAUUGCCUAAUCCUUUGUUGACCUACGAGCUAUAUAGCCAGUUUAUUGAGCUUGCUUCUAUUGACACGGCUGAGAAGCGAUUCGACACAUGCAUGACCUUACUUUCACAACUACCACAAGCCAACCAUGAUACCCUCAAGGUGCUAAUUCAACAUUUGGCUCGCGUUCGUUCAAGGAGUAGUGAAAAUCUCAUGACAGCCAAGAACCUUGCAGUUGUGUUUGCACCGACAUUGAUGCGUGACAGGGAUCCAUCUCGUGACCUGCUUGACAUUAGCUACAAGAACGCAACCAUUGAAUAUCUCAUCAAUCAAUCACAGGAACUAUUCCCAUAA